AUGGCGCUUGGGCAUGCGGUGAAAAGGAGGCGGCUUAGUCCGUCCAGAGAUGCCGAUUCGCAGGCUCCAAAUUCGAAUGCAUCCUUCAAAAAGCGUUUCUACAGUCGUGCGGCGGAAUGGGACCUGGAACAAGAAUACGAGCGUCGGCCGCGCAAGGGCAACAAAUGUGAUGUAGAGAAGAGUCGUCUUCCGAUUAAAACUGCGGAAGGAAAGUUAGAGCAUAUCAUGGAGCCUACGGAUGAUCAGUCUGACAAUCCCUUCGAUUCGGACGACGAUGCUGCGGAGGAGCAGGGGAUUACGGCCGAGGUCAAGGCUGUUGAGAAGCCGAAACCUCACAUCCCCGCGAAAAUACAGAUUCUAGAAGCAAAAGAAGAGUUGGCAAGGAUUGCAGAGCUUAUUAAUGAGGAUCCGGAGGAGCAUACGGGUUUAUUUAAAAGACUAGGAGACAUGGUAUCGGAGACCUUACUUCCCGCAGUUAAGAAGCUGGCAUUGGCCGCCCAAGCGGCUAUCUAUAGAGAUGUUAUUCCUGGCUAUCGGAUAAGGCCAUUGGGGGAAGAAAAUACGACGGCAAAAGUUUCGAAAGAGGUGCGGAAACUUCGUGAUUUUGAGAAGUCUCUUCUCUCCGGAUAUCAAAAUGCUGUCAAGCAAUACGCUUCUUUUGCAAAACCGAGUGGGACUGCCAAGGAUGCAGAUGAUGCGGAGGGUUUGAAGAAAGUUGCAAUCAAUUGUGCCUGUAGCUUACUUCUUGCAGUGCCGCAUUUCAAUUUCCGCGGCGAGCUGUUGAGGAUUCUGAUUUCGCAACUUGGUAGGUGCAAAGUUGACGAAAACUUUGUUAAAUGUCGUGAGACGAUUGAACAACUAUUUUCCAACGAUGAAGAUGGUAUCGUGUCUAUGGAAGCUGUUGGGUUGCUGUCUAAAAUGAUGAAGGCAAGAAAUUACCAGGUUCACGACAGCGUGUUGGAUACUUUUCUGCAUUUACGACUUCUCUCAGAAUUCUCUUCAAAGGGUUCGAAAGAUUCCAUCGACAAACAGGGAGAUGAGGACACAUUGAAGGGCAAGAAGGUGAAGGCGAAAAAGGAAUUCAGAACUAAAAAGGAGAGAAAACUUGCUAAGGAGCGAAAAGCAGUGGCCAAAGAUAUGAAGGAGGCAGAUGCCCUUGUCAGCCAUGAGUCUCGGGAUAAGAUGCAAGCGGAAACGCUGAAACUGGUAUUCGGCACAUAUUUCCGGAUCCUCAAGCUUCGCAGCCCCAGCCUUAUGGGUGCCGUCCUGGAAGGCCUAGCAAAAUAUGCCCACCUCAUCAACCAGGAUUUCUUCGGUGACCUCCUCGAAGCAUUGAAAGAACUAAUUUCACAAACCGAUCCUUCCAACUCUUCCACAGAAACCCCAGACCCAUCUACCUCCCCUAACGAACUCGACCUCGUUGGUAAAACGGAAACAAGGAAUAUGACCCGCGAAGCGCUCCUGUGCUGCAUAACCGCCUUCGCCCUUCUCGAGGGCCAAGACGCCAGCAAGGCCGCCUCAACACUCCAUCUAGACCUCAGCUACUUUAUGACCUACCUCUACCAAUCCCUCUACCCGUUAUCCCUAUACCCAGACAUAGAAUACCACCCAAACAAAUCUCUUCACCUCCCCGACCCAUCCACCACCACAACCCCCGUUCCCGAGAGGCACCAGACCAACAAAGUAAAUUUCCAAACCCCUACCGUCCUCCUUCUCCGCUGCCUCCAAUCCACUCUCACAGCCAAAGGCACCAACGUAGCACCUCCGCUUCGCCUAGGCGGCUUCACAAAGCGCCUCAUGACCGCGUCUUUACAGUUGCCAGAGAAGUCAUCGCUGGCUACGCUUUCUCUGCUGGCGCGUGUGGCCAAGCAGCAUGGGCGGAAAAUCGCGCCGUUGUGGAAUACCGAGGAGCGGAGGGGGGAUGGUGUGUUUGAUCCACUUGCGUUGACGGUGGAGGGGAGUAAUGUCUUUGCUGGGAAUGUGUGGGAGGGGGAGUUGUUGAGGUUGCAUUAUUGUCCGCGGGUGAGGGAGGUGGCGAGGGAAGUUGAGAAGGUUGUCGCGGCGGUGAAGUAG